AUGAUACUGGGAGGUUUUAGAGCAAGAUUUCUCCGUACGAGACUGCGUGUGCCGUACCGGACUUGCUCUGAUGAGACGCCGGCAGCAACCUCGUCAGUUCACAGACCGCUAGCAGCUGUUACUCCCACGUCUCUUUUUUUUCAUUCUGGAGACUCCAGCCCGCUCUCAGGAGACUCCAGCCCGCCCUCAGGAGACUCCAGCCCGCCCUCAGGAGACUCCAGCCCGCCCUCAGGAGACUCCAGCCCGCCCUCAGGAGACUCCAGCCCGCCCUCAGGAGACUCCAGCCCGCCCUCAGGAGACGCCAGCCCGCCCUCAGGAGACUCCAGCCCGCUCUCAGGAGACUCCAGCCCGCCCUCAGGAGACUCCAGCCCGCCCUCAGGAGACGCCAGCCCGCCCUCAGGAGACUCCAGCCCGCCCUCAGGAGACUCCAGCCCGCUCUCAGGAGACUCCCGCCCGCCCUCAGGAGACUCCAGCCCGCCCUCAGGAGACUCCCCGCCCUCAGGAGACUCCAGCCCGCCCUCAGGCUACUCCAGCCCGCCCUCAGGAGACUCCAGCCCGCCCUCAGGCUACUCCAGCCCGCUCUCAGGAGACUCCAGCCCGCCCUCAGGCUACUCCAGCCCGCUCUCAGGAGACUCCAGUCCGCCCUCAGGAGACUCCAGCCCGCCCUCAGGAGACUCCAGCCCGCCCUCAGGAGACUCCAGCCCGCCCUCAGGAGACUCCAGCCCGCCCUCAGGAGACUCCAGCCCGCCCUCAGGAGACUCCAGCCCGCCCUCAGGAGACUCCAGCCCGCCCUCAGGAGACGCCAGCCCGCCCUCAGGAGACUCCAGCCCGCCCUCAGGAGACUCCAGCCCGCCCUCAGGAGACUCCAGCCCGCCCUCAGGAGACUCCAGCCCGCCCUCAGGAGACUCCAGCCCGCCCUCAGGAGACUCCAGCCCGCCCUCAGGAGACUCCAGCCCGCCCUCAGGAGAGAUCCAGCCCGCCCUCAGGAGAGAUCCAGCCCGCCCUCAGGAGAGAUCCAGCCCGCCCUCAGGAGAGAUCCAGCCCGCCCUCAGGAGAGAUCCAGCCCGCCCUCAGGAGAGAUCCAGCCCGCCCUCAGGAGAGAUCCAGCCCGCCCUCAGGAGAGAUCCAGCCCGCCCUCAGGAGAGAUCCAGCCCGCCCUCAGGAGACUCCAGCCCGCCCUCAGGAGAGAUCCAGCCCGCCCUCAGGAGACUCCAGCCCGCCCUCAGGAGAUCCAGCCCGCCCUCAGAGAGAUCCAGCCCGCCCUCAGGAGACUCCAGCCCGCCCUCAGGAGACUCCAGCCCGCCCUCAGGAGACUCCAGCCCGCCCUCAGGAGACUCCAGCCCGCCCUCAGGAGAGAUCCAGCUCCACCUCACACACCCCGCCCAUUGCGGAGUGAUGAUUGCAAUCGUACCAUCUCAGGUUGAAUGUGUGUGA